UAUAAGUAAAUAAAUUAUUCAUUUAAAUAUAUGGAGAGAAAAGAGAGCUUUUAAAAUUUUUAAUAAAAAUAAAAAAAUAAAAUACCCUUUGUUGUUUGCAAUGAGAAAUAAUCUAGUUAUAUUAUUGGAUAGACAAUUAGUUGCUCAGAAAAUAGUCGGCUUGAGUUCAAGAAUUACUAGUGGCCUUUUACAAGUAGCAGAAAUAAAGACUUGGAGUUGAUUUUACUUAAAACUAUUUGUAGCUUUCUUAAUAGAGAGGGAGGUACAAUACUUAUUGGAGUUACUGAUCAAAAGAAAGUUGAAGGAGUUUAAAUUGAGAACGUAGAUGAUGUAAAAAAAUAUUUCGAUUCCUUAAAGGAAAAGUUCUAUCCUAAACCUUAAGGCCUCAUAAAAACAGUAGAAAUACCAAUCAGAAAGUUUAUAGAUGAAGAACAGUAUUUUUGGAUUCCAAAUACUUAUGUUAUUAGAAUUGAAGUUAAGUAAGGAAAGUUAGAUAGAUUUUAUACAUUCAAAACUGCUUCGUAAAUGUUUUCUGCAUUUAGAGAAGAUGCAAGUGCUAUUUUAAUUAAAGAUAUAGAUGAAAUAUAAGAAUAAAUAUACAUUAAAAGCUAACAUCCAGUCGACCCAUCUAAAUAAAUUGUAUACGAGGAACCUGAUUAAGAGGGACUUUAAGAAAGUUAUGAUGCCUAAAAGUCUAAGGUUUAUGAAAAUAAAGGAAAUUAUAUUGCAUUCACUAAUUUAUACAAAAACUACUUCAAGAAUUUCAUAAAAUUUUUAGAUAAAAAGUUAAAAGAAAGAAAAAUUUAUAAUGUAGAAUUUUUCGAAAUAUCUGAUUAUGCAUUAUUUAUUAGCCAUUAAAAAAUGAUGAAGCUUUAUAAUUAAAUAGAAGAUAUAGUUAAUGAGUAUUAUGAAGAGAUAAAAUAAGUCACUAUUAGUUUUUAAGAUUUGUAGUUUGGUUUUCCUAAAAAGUCUUUAACUAUAAAAGUCUACACUGAUGAAGAAUAAGAAAUGGUUUUAGAAAUUAUUUAAUAAAUAAAAUGUUAAUUUAAAAUAAAAGAAUUUAAUGGAUAUAAUGAAAUCUUUCUAUUUAACAUUUAAUCUUUUGAGGAUUUAGUCACUAUUUAUUAAUAUUUCAAAGAUAUUUCUUUAAAAGUAUACAUUACUCUCACAAAACCUGAUAAAAAAUAGUGA